UGGAGAGGAAGACAACAACGUAGGACCAGAAAAGCUGACACAUUUGUCCGUCAUUGAAAACCACCCCUACUGAACCUGAAGCUGUCGUUUUUUUGUUCCUACUCUAUGAUGUCUCUAUGAAAUUUCCUGUUAAAAUAAUCCUUGGGGAAACUGGGUCAAUUAUUUGUUAGAUUGAAAAAACGUUAUAUUUGCACAGAAACCCCUCUUGGAUUUAAACAAGCGGGUAUUAAAAUUUGGAGGAAAAUCUAAAAUAAUAUUUAUUGGAUUUAAAAACAAACCAACGUAACAGAAUUUGAAAAUUUGAACUUCCUCGAUGCGGAAAACUGCACUCUUGCAAAUGCACUUGGAAGAUUUGGUUCCUUCUAUUAAAAAAUCACAAAAUCACAGUGGAAAAAACAACUAUAAGGACUGUUAAAAAUGUUUACACCGACUGUGCGUCACUGAAAAGUGCCCCUACAUGCAAAGCUUGGUUCCUAGGAUACAAAGUGACCUCCAUGCAGUCGUGCAAGUCUUAAAACUCCCCUCCUUUCAACUUCAGCUGGAGUGUUUUGUUUGCUGGAACAUUCUUCCCCUCCAAUUAAAUUUUACAUUUUUUAUUUGGUUACUAAGCUACAAACAGUCAUCCAACAGUUCAACGCUAAGAACUAUCCCUCUGGAAACCAAACCUGGGAUAUCUUGGUUCCUCGAACAUAGAUUGAAGACAAACAAGUUGUGCCACAUUAAACACUGCCCCCCUGAAACUGAACCUGGACAGUGUGUGACAAUAAAAACUGCUCCCUCUAUAACUGAAGACAGAUUCUUUGGUUCCUUGGAUAUAACUGGACCCUACUUCACUUGCAACACUAAAAACUACCUUCCUGAAACCAAACCUGGAAUAUUUUGGUUCCUAAUUUACAAACUGACUACCAACCUUAAAAACCAUCCAACCGAAACCCCAAAACAUUCCUAUUUUACAAACUGUCCAGUUGCACAACCUCAAAAACCAUCCCCACUGGAACCUGAAAACAUCGGUUCCUACUUUAUAAACUGACGCGCAACCUGAAAAACCUUCCCCACCGGAAGCGAAAGGUGCAGCCCCCACUUCACGUGACGCUCCCCUGGCUGGUGUGAGGGAUGUCAGUGGAGAGAGCACGCAGCAUGGUCAUGGAGCCGGGUGCAGCGGGCGCCGCUCCCGUGACAAGGAAGAGAGAGGAGGCGCUGUGUCAGACCUCCUACAGACCGAUGCAGCAGCAGCAGCCAGCCAGCCUGUUCACACUGCUCAUCAUCCUGGGCUUCAGCCUGACCCUCGUGGCUGUGUUCUUCAUCUCUCAGCGGCCUGUCUCUGGUCACCUUGGCUUCGUGAUCACCGUGUUCGUUGCACUGGGAGCGUUCGCCCUGCUGUUCAUGCUGGCGUGUGCGGAGCCCCUGUUCCAGCGCUGCCAUGGUCUCAUCUCCCUGCUGGUGUGGGGCUGCCUCCUCACCAUGGCCUUCGUCUUCGCAUUCACUGGGGGGCCAGUGCAGGCCUGGGAGCAGGUAGCGUUCUUCCUCUUCAUCACCAUCAUCGUGUACACGCUGUUGCCCCUGUGUCUGAAGUAUGCUUUGAUUGGAGGGGUCGUGACCUCGCUGGCACACAUCAUUGUGUUCAGUAUAUACGUGCCAGUGACCAAUCACAGCAUAGAGCACCUGGAACUGCAGCUCCUCUCCAAUGCGGUGGUGUUUAUCUGUGCUAACCUGGUGGGCGUGUACCACAAGACCGUCACUGAGCGCGCUCUGCAGAACACCUGCAGGGACGGCAUCAGCUUCCGCCAAUCGCGAAGCAAGCUGGUGAGCGAGAAGAAGCAGCAGGAGCACUUGCUGCUGUCAGUACUUCCUGCCUACAUCGCUUUGGAGAUGAAAGCCGAGAUCAUCGAGCGACUGAAAGACAAACAGCCUCGCCUGGAAAACAAACACAACUUUCACAACCUGUAUGUGAAGCAGCACAAGCAUGUCAGUAUCCUGUAUGCAGACAUCGUUGGGUUCACGCAGUUGGCCAGCAUGUGCUCUCCUAAAGAACUGGUGCUGAUGUUGAACGAACUCUUUGGAAAAUUCGACCAGAUUGCAAAGGAGAAUGAAUGCAUGAGGAUUAAGAUCCUAGGAGACUGUUACUACUGUGUAUCUGGCCUGCCUGUGUCUCUCCCCAGCCACGCUAAAAACUGUGUGAACAUGGGCCUGGAUAUGUGCCAUUCAAUCACUCAGCUGCGUGAAGCCACGGGUGUCAGUAUUGACAUGCGUGUCGGCGUGCAUUCCGGUAACGUUCUCAGCGGCGUGAUCGGGUUGCAGAAGUGGCAGUAUGACGUCUGGUCCAAAGACGUGACACUAGCCAAUCACAUGGAGUCUGGAGGGCUGCCAGGGCGUGUUCAUAUCACAGAAGCCACAUAUUCUCACCUGGACGGGGUGUAUGAAGUGGAGGAGGGAGAGGGGGAGACGAGAGACAGCUAUCUGACUGGGCUAAAGACCUACCUGGUCAUUGACCCGCGGGCAAGGGAUUUCACUGCAGAGGUCUCUGCUCCGGACAGUGCCAAUGGCCUCUCUCCUCCUCCUCACGAGGGGGUAAGGCAGCAGCGCGCCUCAGUCCGAAUGGCCCGGUACCUGGAGUCCUGGGGGGCGGUCAAGCCCUUCGCUCAUCUGAGCCACCGAGAGAGCGUGGAGCUGUCCAAACCGCCAGACCUCAACGCAGCCGCCAUUCAAAUGUACAACAAUCAAGACAGGACUAUAGACAGAACACAAUCACAAAGACCAGAAGACCAUAUGAAUGAACACAUUGAAAGUGUCUAUUCUCACAAGCACUGGGUGAAGUCUGGCUCAAUGAACCCCAUCACUCUGUAUUUUAAAGACAAGUCCAUUGAAAAGGAGUUUCGCUGGGCCCCUCUCCCUGAUUUCCACUUCUACAUGGCCUGCUCCGUCCUCAUCUUCAUUGCGAUCUUCAUCAUCCAGAUGUUCAUUUCCUACAAGAAUGCUGCUCUGGGAAUCUCGUACGGAGUCUCCUUCUUCAUCUUCCUGCUCCUCCUCUUCACCUGCUUCACUGGACACCUAACGAGAUGGACACAGAAAGGUCCCAAGUUUAUCCAGUGGAUUCCUUCCAUCUGUGCAGCUGCAAUCAAGCAGCCUCUCGCCCGAGUUACUCUAGCAGUUAUUACAAUCUUACUGAUCCUCAUCAUGGCUUUACUCAACUUUUUUUUUCUACCUGAGCCAGUUUCAACCAAUUCGACUGAGAAAAACUCAAACCAUCUGUACACUGGGCCAUAUUAUCUCUACUGCUGUCUGCUCAGUAUGCUAAGCUGCUCCGUCUUCCUGCGCAUGAACUUUGAACUCAAGCUGACCCUGCUGACCCUUGCCCUGGUGGUCUAUGAGGUCAUCUUCCUGUUCAGCCACGGCUAUCGGUCAGACCACUACGUGUCUGAGCUGUAUACAAACUCCAGCAGGCCGGGGGUGUUGAAAGAGCCCAAAGUCAUGGCUGGAAUCUGGCUCUUUGUGUUUUUCUUCACAGUCCUGGUGCUCGCCAGACAGGACGAGUUUUACUCCCGUCUGGACUUCCUGUGGAAGAGGAAGUUUGGUCAGGAGCGUGAGGAGAUCGAGACGAUGGAGAAUCUGAACCGGGUUCUUCUGGAGAACAUGCUGCCGGCCCACGUAGCCACACAGUUCAUCGGACAGAACCGACGCAACGAGGAUCUGUACAGCCAGUCGUACGAAUGUGUCUGCGUGAUGUUUGCCUCCAUUCCUGAUUUCAAAGUCUUUUACUCAGAAAGUGAUGUGAAUAACGAAGGACUGGAGUGCAUCAGACUUCUCAACGAAAUCAUUGCAGACUUUGACGAGCUGCUAUCGAAACCAAAAUUCAGUGGCGUUGAGAAGAUUAAAACUAUCUGCAGUACGUACAUGGCAGCAACUGGACUGAAUACUGUGUCUGGAAAUAAUGAGGACACUGAUCGCAGUUACGCCCACGUUGGUAUAAUGCUAGAAUUUGCAAUUGCGUUGAUGGGCAAACUGGAUUAUAUCAACAAGCACUCCUUCAACGACUUCAAACUGAGAAUAGGUAUUAACCACGGGCCAGUGAUAGCCGGAGUGAUAGGAGCCCAGAAACCCCAGUAUGAUAUCUGGGGGAACUCUGUGAACGUUGCCAGUCGAAUGGACAGCACUGGAGUUCUGGGGAAAAUACAGGUUACAGAAGACACCGCUGACAUCCUGCAGUCUCUGGGAUACUCGUGUUCGCUGCGAGGAGUGAUUAAGGUGAAGGGCAAAGGAGACCUGCAGACAUACUUUGUAGAGACGGACACUGGCAAAACAGCAGGGAGUAUGUUCAACUGAAGACAACUGAGCCUGCAAUUCAAUUACAAUCCAGUCUCUUACCUCUUGUUACUACUAGCAACGUUAUCACUGUGUAGAAAGAAAUAAAUAAAGAAAUAAAGAAAUAAAGAAAUAAAGAAAUAAAGAAAUAAAUAAAUAAAGUAUAUAUAUAUAUUUAUAUUUUUAUAGCGCCUUUGACCAAGGCGCUUUACAAUUAUUAAGCUAAACUGUACAAUCAAGAGAAAUGGCGGAAGGAAGAAGGUACGUUUAUUGAGCAAGGAUGAGGAAGUAGAGAGUGGUGCUACUGUGAGAACAGAGGCUAGGGCAGGGUUGGGCAAGCAAGCAGGGUCCUGACCGGGGGGUUAGGGGCUAGGGCACGCAGAGGGAUAGGCUAGGGUGAAAAGAUGUGUUUUAAGGGAGGAGCGAAAACUGCGUAGUGUAGGUGACUGUUUUAUAUGGAGUGGGAGUUUAUUCCAAUGAAGGGGAGCCAGGAGGGAGAAGGAACGGAAACGGGAUUGGGCACAGGGCGAGGGUGGGACCGAGAGGGACAACAGAGUUUGAGCGCGUAAGGGACGGGAGGUGAACAUAGUAAGUGAUAGGUACAGCCAGGUAGGGUGGGGCGAGACCAUGGAGGGAUUUAUAGACUAGAGUAAGGAAUUUAAAUAAGCGGCGAUAGUAAACAGGGAGCCAGUGUAGCUGGAGGAGAAGAGGGGAGGUAUGAGAGGAGCGGGGGAGGUUGAAUAUGAUACGGGCAGAGGCGUUUUGAAUUUGCUGUAGUGGUGUGAAGGCGUAGGAGGGAAGGCCAAGGAGGAGGGAGUUGCAGUAAUCGAGGCGGGUGAGGGUGAGAGCAUGAACCAGGAGAAAGAGAUGGAGGGGCGUAUUUUGCAGAUGUUAAAUAUAUAUAUAUAUAUAUAUAUAUAUAUAUAUAUAUAUAUAUAUAUAUAAAACAUACAGCAAUGAUACUUAGAGAAGAUGCCUGAAUUGUAUUAGAGCCAUUUUUAGACCAGAAGGCAUUUAACUUUUUUUAGGAUUUGAUGUUCAAACUGUAAUAGAAAAUAUUUUCAACAAUAAAG